UCACGUUCCCUUGCCUUCCCUUCGAUACUUCUUCCUUCACCAUUGCAUCUCGAUUGAUUCCAUUUCAGUUAGUCUUCCACGACAAAAACAGAAAAGGCUUUCAAAACUGCUUCUUUAGUCCCACCAACUUAUCAAAAUUCUCAAUUUAACCCUCGACCUUCACCGACUACCGGUUAGGGUUUUGCUUUGCAGAUCUGAUCCAUAAUUCAAUUGUGAAAAUCGAAUUAUUCUCUGAUCUGUUGUUGUUCAUGCACUGAGGAUACGAGAUCGAGAGAUGGGUAUUUUGUUUACGCGGAUGUUUUCCUCGCUUUUCGGCAAUAAAGAGGCUAGGAUUCUAGUUCUUGGCCUUGACAAUGCUGGCAAAACUACGAUUCUUUAUCGGCUUCAAAUGGGUGAAGUUGUUUCAACUAUUCCAACAAUUGGGUUUAAUGUGGAAACAGUGCAGUAUAAUAACAUCAAAUUCCAAGUCUGGGAUCUGGGUGGGCAGACAAGUAUCAGGCCAUAUUGGAGAUGCUACUUUCCAAAUACACAAGCGAUAAUUUACGUUAUUGAUUCAAGUGACACAGAUAGGCUGGCAAUAGCCAAAGAUGAGUUUCAUGCAAUAUUGGAGGAAGAGGAGUUAAGGGGUGCCAUUGUUCUCAUUUUUGCAAACAAGCAGGAUCUUCCUGGGGCACUUGAUGAUGCUGCAGUGACUGAGGCAUUAGAGCUGCACAAGAUUAAAAACCGUCAAUGGGCUAUAUUCAAAACUUCUGCAACUAAAGGAGAAGGUCUUUUUGAGGGUUUGGACUGGUUGAGUAACACACUCAAAUCUACUGGUGUCUAACUCAUGGCAGAAGUGUGCAGAGGCUUUUGCUGCUUCUAUGUGAUCAAGUUACAUCUCGAAAACAAAGAAAUGAUGGUGGUAUUUAUAGGUUUGAUUUGUUAUAGAAAAUUUUAUUUGCCUGCAACUUUCUCCUCUAGCCAGCUAUUCUUUCUUUUCGGUACACCAUUGGUAUACAUGUACCAUUUUUGUCCAAGGACAUGACUUGUUUAAUACCUGUCUUUUGAUUUUUAUCACUGCUCUUCUGAUUUGUCUCCA